AUGCUAAAUGAUCAAGAUAAAAUGUUGACAGAAUGGAAAAAACAACUCUAUUACGAACAUAAUCGUGAUACAAGCUUAAGAACAAGUACUGAUAUAUUUGCACAAGUUGUACUUAAUAUUAAUCGUAGAUUUCAAUGUGAAAAUAUUCUUGCUAGAUUGUCAACAAUAUCUGAUUCGACAGAAAAACGUGAAUUAUGGGAACAAUUGAGAGUUGAAUGUUUCGCUCGUUUAUUUACUUUUGCUUACAGCUCAAGUUUUGUACUAGCUUUAACUGAAUUAGUCGUUAGUGCUCUAAGUGGUCGACUUUAUUCUCAAUCUCAAUUACAACAUUUAUCAAUAAAAGAUAAUCCUGUAACAACAACAGCUGGUGGUGUAUCAGCAACAAGCAAAUCAUCUCAUGCUGAAUCAACUCAAGAUCAUAAUUCAUUACUUUCACGAGAUAUUCAACUAGCUUGUCUUGAUGUUAUUCGUUAUACAACAGAUGCAGGAAUGAAUAGUUUGAUUGAUGAUGUACGAAAAGCUGCUCAAUCAAUUCUUUCAAGAAUUCCACUUCAACAAAUGCUUGACAUAAAUGAUAUUAUAUGGUAUUUUAGUGAAAUUCGUCAUCAAAUUGAAAAAAAACGAUAUCAAUCAGUUAAUAAUCAUCAUCCAUUACUUAAAUAUGUUCGAUCAAUUUCAUUUCCAAUACGAUCAACACAACCAGCAACAACAACAACGUCAGCUUAUUCGUUUUCCAAUAUUAUCACGACAGCUAGUUCAUUGAUUACAAAACGAGUACAUUCUCCAUCAUCGGUUUUUAAUGUUCAACAACAAUUUGAAAUUGAAUGUAUUGAAAUGAUUGAAAGUGAAACAUUUCAACGUGUAUUAAUUCAAAUAAUUGAUCAAAGUUUUUCUAAUAUUUAUGAUGAAUUAGCUCGAGAAAUGGCUAAAACAUCACCAACAAUAAUUAAUUCAUCAGAAAAUAAUUUAAAUGAUUCAACAAUAAUUAACGAAGCACAAUUACCUUUUGCUAAAAUAGUUCCUAUGAGUAAUAAUAUUUAUACAAAAUUAUCAAGUCAUCAUGAACAACUUAUGCUUCAUUUUCAGAGUCUUGCAUGUCGACCAGAAUUACAUGAAUAUACAAAAUAUGCAUAUGAUUUAUUUUCCAAUGAGUCAUUACAAUCAGCAAAUCAUACACCUUAUUCAUUUUUACCAUUAACAUCAUCAUCAUCAUCUUUACAAUCUAGUUUAUCAUCAUUUUUACAAUCAUUGAUGUCUCCAUAA